UUCUGCUACAGGGAAGGGAAGGAGGAGGAGGCAGGCACGUUCAUUCUCCAAAGUUUAAAUCUAUAGUUUUAAUGCACAACUUUCUGGCCAGUCCAGCAAAGUUAAGCAGAGUUGUGCGCGUGUGACACGUGUUGCCACUAUUUGGACACUUGUGACCACUAUUAGGAAGAUGUCGGAUUCGGGAGUCAACCCACACUUGGAGGGAAUUAUUUUGGAUUUUGAAGCUCUGAAGAGGUCCUUCGAGGUAGAGGAUGUUGACACUUCAGCUCACUCUUCUCCUGGCUCUCGACGCACAACCAACUCCCCCCACCGCAACGCCAUGUCUCCCACCAGCAUCUACUACCGCGACCUGGGCACCGCCGCCUCUGUUACCAACAACAACAACCUCAACUACACCCAACCUCGCUCCAUCAUGGGCGGAGGAGGCUCCAAGACCCCCGAGCCCGUGUCGCGCCGCUCAGAGCUGUCCAUCGAUAUCUGCUCUGCGCCCAGCAAGCAGGUGGACGCCACAAGCCCCGCCUCCGUGCGCUUCGCAACCAACAGCGCCCUGAAACGCCCCGAGGUCCUCGGCCACUCCAGGACUCCAGAAAUGAGCCACAAGAGGGAGGUCACGUUUGCCAAGACGGACUCCCCGGGGACGCGCCGCAAUGAAGGCAGCAGUAACGCCAACGGGACCGGCCGCACCCCAGAACAAAGUCACACCCGCAAGUUUGAGCCUCCGAGCCCCGGGGACAUCCGCAAACCCGAAAUCAGUAUCACAAGAGCUCCGGUGGAGAACAACGGCCACCACCCGCCAGUGCACCACCCGCACCAUCCUAAUCCCCAUCACAACACUGUCGUCACCACCUUCCGAUGCUCCUCACCAAACCACGCUGGACGUAAAUCCCCCAACCCUGACCGGUCAGAAGUCAGUCUGAGCCACGGCAACAUGUCCGACUACACCAAGCCACACCACCCCAACCCGCCGCACGGCAAAGGGGACAAGGCCCAGCACGGCGGCGACUUCAGCUAUGUCGGCAUUGACGCCAUCUUGGAGCAGAUGAGGAGGAAGGCCAUGAAGCAAGGCUUUGAGCUCAACAUCAUGGUUGUGGGGCAAAGCGGCUUGGGCAAGUCCACUCUGAUGAACACGCUGUUCAAAUCGAAGGUGAGCCGCAAGUCGGUCGAGCCCAACGCGGAGGACAGGAUCCCAAAGACUGUGGAGAUCAAGUCCAUCAGUCACGAUAUUGAGGAAAAAGGUGUGAGGAUGAAGCUGACGGUCAUCGACACGCCAGGCUUCGGGGAUCAGAUCAACAAUGAGAACUGCUGGCAGCCGAUCAUGAAGUUCAUCAAUAACCAGUACGAAGCCUACUUACAGGAAGAGAUCAACAUCGACAGGAAGAAGAGGAUCCCAGACUCCAGGGUGCACUGCUGCAUAUACUUCAUCCCGCCCACUGGCCACUGUUUGAGGCCCCUGGAUGUGGAGUUCAUGAAGCGUCUCAGCAAGGUGGUGAACAUCGUGCCCGUCAUCGCCAAGGCCGACACGCUCACGCUGGAGGAGAGGGACAACUUCAAGCAGACGAUAAGGGAAGAGUUGCGAGCCCACGACAUCGAUGUCUAUCCCCAGAAAGAGUUCGACGAGGACGCGGAGGACAGGAUGAUUAAUGAUAAAAUCAGGGAAAUGAUUCCUUUUGCUGUGGUGGGCAGUGACCAGGAGUACCAGGAGAACGGGAAGAGGAUUCUGGGCAGGAGAACAAAAUGGGGCACCAUAGAGGUGGAGAACAUUGCACACUGCGAGUUUGCUUACCUGCGAGACCUCCUGAUCAGGACACACAUGCAGAACAUCAAGGACAUCACGGGCAGCAUCCAUUACGAGAUGUACCGCGUGCGCCGGCUCAACGAGUCCAACAGCCGCUUGACCCCUCACCCGCCCGAGCGUGCCCCUGCUCAGCUCAAGGCCAACGGCCAACCCGAGCCGCCGCCGGGCGCGGCCGUGCAGGCCAACGGAGUGGCUGUCCAACAUCAAGUUCUCGCCCACGAGAUGUAGACGCACACACGACAACAUGAACAGGUUCUUUUGCAUACACAUGCUCUAUGCACGCAAAUCUUGUUUUCCCUAAUAGAACUUUAUCAGUAAAAGCAAAAAUGACCCAAAGCACAGCAAUAAAAACUUUUUCUGUUAUAAUCUACGUUUAGCUUUGUGUCAAUACACAGCAGGGGUGGGGAACCGACGGCCAAUGAGAACAUUUGAUCCAUCAUUCAUCCAUUUCUAUACUGUUUAAUGUCAUUAGGGUCGCGGGUGCUUCGGAGCCUAUCCCGGCUGACUUCUGGCGAGAGGCGGGGGUACACGCACGCCAACCAAUCGCAGGGCACAUGUAGACAAACGAGCACUCGCGUUCACACUCGAGGACAGUUUUGAGUCUUCGGUGAACCCCAACAUGCAGAAGAUGUUUUUGGAAGGUGGCAGAAAAAACUUCACGGAGAAAACCCACGCAAGAACGGGGAGAACAUGCCAGCUCCUCACAGGAAGGUCAUAGCCUGGAUUUGAACCCCCAACCUCUGAACUGUGAGGAGGGAUGUGGUAAACAUCUGUCAUGCUGACGCCAUGCCAUUAUAACAACAAACAAACAAAAAACAUCAGAGGGACUGUUUAAAAAGCCCACGAACAAAGCAGCAAUGCUCAUAAUUUUCUCAGAGAUGUAAUAUGGCCCUCAGAGGACUUUAUUACAAAAAGAAAAGCACGAGAGCCCUGCCAGAAAAGGGGGUUUAAAAAAAAAAAAAACAGAAUAAUGUUGUUAUAUUUGCUGGAAAAUAUGUGUUUGGUUAAGGAAAAAAAUCUUAUUUGCUAAAGGGAAAAAGUUGUAAUUUUACAUAAAUCAAAAAUGAAAAUCACAAUUUUAUGGGAUUCAAAAUCUAAACAGAAAAAAAGCCUUAUCAAAAAAGAACCCAGUAUUAUGCUUUUAUUUUUAUUUUAAAAAUUCUAAUGCUAAUACUAUGCUAUUUCCACCAAAAAUGAUGUUAUUCUCAUCAAAUUAUGCUAUUUUUUACAUUUAAAAUAGUGAUGACUUUAUUCCCAUAAGAUUUUUCUGUAACUUUGAUCACUCUACUUUUCUAUAGUAGAAUACCACUUGAAUCAUGAAAUAUGACUUUUUCUUGGAAAUAAAAUUCCAAACCAAAUACAACUUUUUUUUCUUGGUAAAUAUGACUUUUUCCCCUCCGAAAAAUACCACUUUUUUUUUUUUUUUUUUUUGUUUCUUUCUCUUCUCAACGUGGCCCUUUGUACUUCACCAUUGGCCCCUGCAAAAGGUUGCCCACCCCUGAUUUUCAGUAGACAGUAAGGAAUCUCACACGGCAUUUAAACAUCAUCAAGGUGGUCACAAACAGCUUUUUGUACUGUAGAUUAGCUCUGAUUGGUUUACUUUUUGUGUUGUCAUAUAGUCCUGUCUAGUUACUCGGCUGUGUCAGGAUAUUUAGAGUAGCUUUAUUGUAUUAAGGAGGACGUGAAGACAAAUUUGACGCUUGCACACUGCAAAUUGAGAUGAGAGCAAGAGAGUGGAACAGCUAUUGGAAAAGUGUCAUCAUAUUCCCCCCCCACCCCACUGUGAUUCUUUAAAAAAAAAAAAAAAAAAUCCUUAUUGUCGCACUGUCUUCUCUCCUAUAUAAAGCAGUCACCUCAUAUUUUACAGUGUUCAUUUACCUCUGUAUUUUUAUUCAUCUUGUGACAAUAUUGUAAACGAUGUGGCGGAAACUGUGCCAUGUGCCAUCCUUUUGUCCAUUUCUUUGGCCUGUAAAUCGAUAUUAACGUCUUUUUUUUUUUUUUUUUUGUAUGAUAAAGAAUAUUCGUGUUUAGUUAAGCCAUUCUUUCCACAACUUGGACUACAACUGUUGACUUCAAGAAGCGUGUGGCAAGUUCAUAGCAAUAAGAAGGUGUCGUGUUGCCCGCACCUGCUUGUGAAGCGCACGUGUGUGUCCGUCAAUUGUAAGUACAUCUAAUCGUGACUUGAGAAACCGUGACAUUUACAUCACAAGGUGAAACUGUUGAGUUUGAGUCGCAUGUUUUUGCUGUCAUUUGGAAAUGUGCGCCAAGAGACUUCCUUCAAAUAAGAAACGGCUUUCACGCCGCUUUUUCCUGUUUCCUUUUUAUUCAACAGACGCACCGGGCAUCUUUUACAACAUUUCCAUAAUUAUCUUGCAAUCAGAUGAUCGAAUCACCACACCGAAAUGAUUUCAGCGCUGCUUUAUUAUUAACCAAGGGAGUUAUUGGGUUACUCUUUGUUUACUGUUGUAUAGUUAAUUGUUAUUUGUGAUGGUAUAAUAGAGUUAAGGUUUCAUCUUUGAUAUGCAAUGCUCAAAGAAUAAAGAUUAUUUUUAUUGUUUAA